AUGGACAACUCCAAGAACACUCCCUCAGCCGAGGUAGACAUGGACCCCGGUCUUCCCCAGACCGACAGUAGCAAGACCGAUCGCCCAGUUGCGCCAGAUCAAUUCGACGAGAGAUAUCGCACGACCCGCAAGGAAGUCUGGGCCUAUUAUGCCUACUACAUUGGAAACAAUGGGUUGGGGCUGUUCAACUUUGCGCCUACUGCCUUCCAGAACCUCUUAUCCCAAGCGGCGUCUUCGGAGGGCAUGCUCGAUUUCGCAGGCAGAUUCCGGUCAAUCAACAGCAUCGUGCUGCUCUGCAACGGCAUAUCGUUCGCGAUUCAGGUCGUGGUAUUUCUCGUCAUCGGCAGCUUCGCCGACUUCGGACAAUGGCGCCCCAACAUCCUGAUCGCGCUGUCGAUCAUCGCCUACGCCAUCGGCUUCGGCUGGCUAGGCGUCCACGACGCAGACCAGUGGCGCGUCGGCGUCGGCCUAUACAUUGUCGGGCUGAUCGCCUACCAAACCACACUGACCUUCUGGACUGCCGCGUUCCCGGGCCUGGCGCGUAACACCUCCGAAAUGAAGGAUACGGCCGACGCCUAUGCGGUGGGGACCAUUUCGCGCGACGAAUACAACUAUACCGACACCAUGAUGCGCAGCCGCUUGGCCAAUAUCGCGUUCUAUGUGCAGUCUGUCGCCGAGAUCGGGAUCCUGGCUGUUAUUGUUGGGAUCAUGUUCGGGCUGGAUGUGAACGCCGGCGAGGCGAAGAAUAACUGGGGGUUGAGUGUGCUGAUUGCCUUUGUUUCGGGGGUUUGGCUGCUCGUUUCGAUUCCGUGGUUCUUUCUUGAGAAGCGGCGUCCUGGUCAGGAUCCUGGUCAGAGGUCUGUUCUUAUUGCGGGUUUGUGGCAGCUGUGGCAUGCGAUGCAGCAGAUCUGGAAGCUGAAGCAGAGUCUGGUUUAUUUGAUUGGCUACUUCUUGCUCGGGGAUUCGCUCAACACGACCGUCACUGUCAUUGCGACUCUGCAAAAUACCGUCGUGGCGUACAAUACACUGCAGCUGACAUAUCUUCUCAUUGUGGGCAUUGCGGCACAGGCUGUUGGUAUCUACGCAUUCUGGUUCACCCAGCAGAAAUUCAAACUCGGCACCAAAACAAUGUUCAACGCCAUUGCCUGCGCCAUCAUCCUACUCGACGGCUGGGGCAUGAUCGGAAUUUGGACGCAGCGCUUCGGCUUCCACAAUGCGUGGGAAGUUUGGGUCUACCAAGCAUUCUACGGCCUCUUCGUCUGUCCCUGGUACAGCUACUCGCAAAUCAUGAUCUCCGAAGUCACUCCGCGCGGCCACGAGUUCCUAUUCUUUAGUCUGUUCAGCAUCAUCGGCAAGACUUCUUCUUUUAUUGGACCUAUUGUCUCCAGUGCUAUUAUCGACGCUUCUCCGUCGGGAAAUGUCUCGACCCCGUUUUAUUUUCUGUUUGCGUUGAGUGUGGUUAGUUUUGGGAUUUUGGUUCUGGGCGUGGAUCUGAAGAAGAGUCAGGUUGAGCAGGAGCGAUUUCUGGUGGAUAAACUGCGCCGGUUGGAAAGUGAAUCUUCUUCGGAGAGGGUUUCUAGUUCGGUUUGA